AUGGAAGCAAACGCAAAGAGAGCGAAGAAGAGAUCGCCAACACGAAGAAGUACAUGCGAGCAUGGACGGCAGCGAUCGAAAUGCAAGGGAUGCGGGGGCGGCAGCAUAUGCGAGCACGGGCGGGUCCGAUCGGUCUGCAAGGAGUGCGGGGGCAGCAGCAUAUGCGAGCACGGGCGGGUCAGAUCGGUCUGCAAGGGAUGCGGGGGCAGGAGCAUAUGCGAGCACGGGCGGGAGCGAUCGAAAUGCAAGGGAUGCGGGGGCAGGAGCAUAUGCGAGCACGGGCGGCAGCGAUCGGGAUGCAAGCGCUGCGGGGGCAGCAGCAUAUGUGAGCACGGGCGGGAGCGAUCGAGAUGCAAGGAGUGCGGGGGCAGCAGCAUAUGCGAGCACGGGCGGGAGCGAUCGAGAUGCAAGGAGUGCGGGGGCAGGAGCAUAUGCGAGCAUGGGCGGCAGCGAUCGCAAUGCAAGGGAUGCGGGGGCAGCAGCAUAUGCGAGCACGGGCGGGUGAGAUCGGGAUGCAAGGGAUGCGGGGGCCGCAGCAUAUGCGAGCACGGGCGAGUGAGAUCGGGAUGCAAGGACUGCGGGGGCAGCAGCAUAUGCGAGCACGGGCGGCGGCGAUCGGGAUGCAAGGACUGCGGGGGCAGGAGCAUAUGCGAGCACGGGCGGCAGCGAUCGAGAUGCAAGGGCUGCGGGGGCAGCAGCAUAUGCCAGCACGGGCGGGUGAGAUCGCAAUGCAAGGGAUGCGGGGGCAGGAGCAUAUGCGAGCACGGGCGGCAGCGAUCGGUCUGCAAGGGAUGCGGGGGGGGCAGCAUAUGCGAGCACGGGCGGGUCCGAUCGGUCUGCAAGGGCUGCGGGGGGAGCAGCAUAUGCGAGCACGGGCGGGUGAGAUCGGUAUGCAAGGAAUGCAGGGGAGGGAGCAUAUGCGAGCACGGGCGGGAUGACUGGCUUGCAGGGAUGGCAUGGUCGCGCUGGGCAAGGAGGUAA